AUGAGCUCCAGUCUCGAGGCGAAGAUCGUUGUCCUGGGUGCCCAAGGUGUUGGGAAGACAUCCCUCGUCCAACGUUAUGUGAGAAAUGCUUUUAAUCCGGCUACAACCACUUCCACGGUCGGCGCCUCCUUCGUCACUAAACGCGUCCUCGACACAACCUCGGACACUCUCGUCCGUCUGCAGAUCUGGGACACCGCCGGCCAGGAACGUUUCCGCAGUAUCUCCCGCCUCUAUUACCGGGGGGCUAACGCCGGCCUGCUAUGUUACGACAUCACAGACGAGAGUAGCUUUCAGGAAAUGACCGGCUGGCUAGUUGAGCUGAAACAGAACCUGGGUGAAGACUUCCCCAUCGUCAUCCACGUCGUGGGCACCAAAUCGGAUAUCGUAGCGGAUGACCCUAACCUACGUCAGGUCCCCUUUGAACGCACCAUCGCGUACGUUGCGGAACAACUUUACCCGUCCCAAGCGUCCACCCCACCUCCCAGCUCCGGCCUGGGCAUCACCAGCAGUUCCGCCUUCGGAACCUCAAACCCAAUCUACAACCCAGGUGCAGAGAGCAAGCGAAGUAGCGGCUUCUGGGGCCAGGAUAUUGGUUGGGACUGCUGCCACGAGAUCAGCGCCAAGGACGGCGAGGGGAUCGAGGAGGUCUUCCGUGUCAUCACCCGCAAGCUUGUCGAGCAGCGGAAUAAAAUGGUAGACGCAGACACAGGCCAUCGGGGUGGGUCGGGCGGCUCGGAGAGAGUUCCCUCGCACACUCCCGGAGCCGUGCCUGAUGGGAACAGUAGCUUGCGCGGCGGGACAGCAGAUAAAAGACGGAGUUGGCUCGGGUUUCCCCCUGGUCUGGUGCUGGGCGAGGAACUUGUCGACGUACCGGUCGGGUCGACUCAGACUCGGCAGGCGAGGUGCUGCUGA